AAGAGGCAGCCUGCAGGACACAGAUACUUCAGAAGGCCUCAUGGCUGAGUGAGCCUCCCCUGGGCCCAGCACCCCACCCCAGCAUGGUCCAGGCAUGUGAGGGGAGAUCCAGAGCACAGCCACUGACCUGGUCUUUGGAGGCAGCCAUGACCCAGCCUCCACCUGCCAAAGCACCAGCCAAGAAGCAUGUGCGGCUACAGGAGAGGCGGGGCUCCAGUGUGGCUCUGAUGCUGGAUGUGAGGUCCCUGGGCACUGUGGAACCCAUCUGCUCAGUGAACACACCCCGAGAAGUCACCCUGCACUUUCUGCGCACAGCCGGACACCCCCUUACACGCUGGGUCCUGCAGCAUCAGCCACCCAGCCCCAAGCAGCUGGAAGAGGAAUUCCUGAUCCCCUCAAACUUUGUCAACCCUGAAGACCUGGAUAUCCCUGGUCAUGCCUCCAAGGAUCGAUACAAGACCAUCUUGCCAAAUCCUCAGAGCCGUGUCUGUCUUGGCCGGGCACAGAGCCAGGAGGAUGGUGACUACAUCAAUGCCAACUACAUCCGAGGCUACGAUGGGCAGGAGAAGGUUUACAUUGCCACCCAGGGCCCCAUGCCGAACACUGUGGCAGACUUCUGGGAGAUGGUGUGGCAAGAAGGAGUAUGCCUCAUUGUCAUGCUCACCCAGCUCCGAGAAGGCAAGGAGAAAUGUGUCCACUACUGGCCCACAGAAGAGGAAACCUAUGGGCCUUUCCGGAUCUGCAUCCAGGACGUGAAAGAACAUCCAGAAUAUACUGUGCGGCAGCUCACCAUCCAGCAUCAAGAGGAACACCGGCCAGUAAAGCACAUCCUCUUCUCAGCCUGGCCAGACCACCAGACUCCAGAGUCAGCCUGGCCCCUGCUGCGCCUGGUAGCUGAGGUGGAUAGCCCAGAGACAGCUGCCAACUCUGGGCCCAUUGUGGUUCACUGCAGUGCAGGGAUCGGCCGGACAGGCUGCUUCAUCGCCACCCGCAUCGGCUGCCAACAGCUGAAGGCCCGAGGGGAAGUGGACAUUCUGAGUAUUGUAUGCCAACUGCGCUUAGACAGAGGGGGUAUGAUCCAGACUGCCGAGCAGUACCAGUUCCUGCACCAUACUUUGGCCCUGUAUGCAGCCCAGUUGCCCCAGGAUUCCAGCCCCUGACCUCUGCCUCUCCACAAGCCCAGGGGCCAACCUUUCCUCAAGUCUGGGCCAGUGGGUCUGGGGAAAUGGGCUAUGUGCUCUGGGAUACUCCCUGCAUGGGCACAGGGAAGGAGUGCCUCAGUAGUGAACACCUACAAUCCCAGGAAACUGCUUCAACAAGCACAAGGGGCCAAACCACAGGUCUUGACCACUGACCACUCCUCUACCUUCUCCAGAGGUCCCCAAUGGACUAUAAUAGGGCUGCUUCCUGUGGCUCUGAACUUACAGAUAGGCGCUGGCACAUGGUGAAGACUGAGAAAGAAGCUGAGGUGUUGGUCUUCUCUAAAGUGCUUUCUCCUUUGUUGAUCACAUAAAGGGCCAAUACUUUGCUGCCAUCAUAAAAUCAGAGAAGUUCCUGGUAGUCAUUCCAGCUGAUUCCUCCGGCUGGCUAGCAAGAUGGUGAUUCCAGGAUCCUCUUCCAUCCAGGCCUUGCCAAAGCAUAGGCCAAAUGCAACAAGAGCUGGGAAAAGUCUGGUCUGCCCUUGGUCAAAUCUUCAACAUUCCACACAAACUGUUCUUCCCCCUAGAUCUGUGAGUGCUAGAUGACCCCCUCAGAAGAGAACAAGGACCUUGACUGACCCUGCCUCCACAUGUGUCAUAGGAUAUGCAGAUAUAACCAGAACUAGUAAUUGAAAUCUCUGAAGAGUCUAUGCAUGCCUGUAAUCUCAGCACUUAAGAAUGG